CGAGAUGUUCAGUAGAAACGCAGCGAGCAGAAACACUGACAACAUACGUAGCGAUAAAUUAGCCAUAUUUUUUAACUAAACCUACUAUAAAUAAAUAAAUUUAAUCUAAAACGGGAAAAAUCCCUCAAAACGUGAUAUCAAAAAUGAACGUAAAUAUAUACAAAUGACAUUAGUAAAAUGAUUGCAAACUAUUUUUCCUCCAUGGCUGCGUAAACAAAACUUUGAAUCUUUCUUCAAUAAAUCCUGGCCAAUUUUUAUCUAAAACUGUGUUGAUAAGAUUUUAUAAAAAAGCAAUUCAUUCCGUCACAAUUGCAAUGACAUUUUGGGAUCAUCGUGUAUGUAUGUUCGCGUAACAUUUUUUGCAAAAUUUAUAUUGAAAGAUGCCGAAAUACUAUAGGUUUAGAGCGACGACGCCAACUCGGAAACCAAAACGAAGCAAGGAUAAGGAAAAGGAGCGGGAAUUGGAGAAAACUAAAUUCGAGGCCGAGCGAAGUUGGCUUGAUUUGACAUUAGCCUGCACACCGGCGCCAUCUUGGUAUUUGCGCCGCACAUCAUGGCGCGAAAGCCCGCCGCUGAUGGGCCUCCCCCGACAGCUCGCCGCCGGACUCCGCGCCUCCCUCCAGCUCAGUAACCGACCUAUCUUUGUGUUUAAAAUUCCCGCAGUUCGCUCCCAGGACGUCAUGCGCCCGUUUUAAAUCAAAACCAUUGUAAACGUAAAUUUUCCCGCGUUUUAGUUUGUCGUUUAAACUUAACCCAGAUUUUUUUUUCUUUGCGGUCAAGUGCAAGUGGUGUGCUUAUAAUUUUUUUCGUGUGACAACAAAAUACUUUUCAUAUUUUUCGAUGGUUAAUACAUUGAGGAAAAUGCA